CGGAGAGCGGGGGGCGGCCGAGCCCCCGCGCCGCGGGCACCAUGGACAGUAUCCUGGAGCCCUUUCCCGCCGAGCGGCUCUUCCCCGCCGCCGGCGCCGGCUUCCUCGAUCUCGGCGACUUCAGCGAGGCGGAUUUCCUCAGCAAUGUGCAUUUCUCAGAAAACCUGGAUCACUUCUCGGACAACAUGGAGGAUUUCUCCAGCGACCUCUUCAGCAGUUUCUUUGAUGACCCAGUACUGGCUGAGAAGAACCCGCUGCUGGACAUGGACCUGGAUCCACCCACCCCAGGCAUUCAGGCAGAGCACAGCUACUCCCUGAGUGGAGACUCUGCACCCCAGAGCCCUCUCGUGCCUGUCAAGACCGAAGAUAACGCAAAGGAGCUGGAGAAUGGAGUGUGGUCGCUGGGGCCCAAGCUCUGCUCCAUCAUGGUGAAACAGGAACAGAAUCUGGCUCUAGAUCUGCCUGAGUCCCAGCUAGCUGCCAGCUCUAUACCAGUGCUGAACCUCAACCCUCUGCAGAGACUGCCAGUCCCCGAGGAGACUCCCAUAGAAAUGACUCCAGCACCUGUGAUCAAAGCUGAACCCAAAGAGGUGAACCGAUUUCUAAAUGUACCUGCAGCAGAUGACCUGGUGCAGAUGCCUCCAACUCCACCUAGCAGCCACGGCAGUGACAGUGAUGGGUCUCAGAGUCCCCGGUCCCUGCCUCCCUCCAGCCCAGCUCGACCUGCUGCUCGCUCCUCUACAGCCAUCUCCUCCUCUCCCCUCCUCACAGCACCACAUAAGUUACAAGGGACCUCUGGCCCACUGCUCUUGACUGAAGAGGAGAAACGCACCUUGAUUGCAGAGGGCUACCCCAUUCCUACCAAACUGCCUCUAACCAAAGCAGAGGAGAAAGCACUGAAGAGGGUCAGGAGGAAAAUCAAAAACAAGAUCUCUGCUCAGGAGAGUCGCAGGAAGAAGAAAGAGUAUGUGGAAUGUCUAGAGAAAAAGGUUGAGACAUACACAACAGAAAACAAUGAGCUCUGGAAAAAGGUGGAGACCUUAGAAAAUGCAAACAGGACUCUGCUCCAGCAGUUACAGAAGCUGCAGGCUCUGGUAGCUGGGAAAGUCUCCAGACCUUACAAAAUGGCUUCCACGCAGACCGGGACCUGCCUAAUGGUGCUGGCACUCUGCUUCGUUCUGAUCCUGGGAUCCCUGAUGCCCUGUCUCCCCGAGUUCUCUUCAGCAUCACAGACAGUGAAAGCAGCUCCAGCACCAGACAUUUACACAACUAGUAAGAUUCAGUCACGGAGUCUCCUUUUCUAUGAUGAGGGUGCUGGCUCCUUAGAAGAGAGCUAUAGCUCAUUCUUAACCAUGGACCAUCCUGAGGGGUGGGAGGCUGAGAAAGGCCAGGCUGAGGAAGGAAGGCCUCAUCUGCCCAGGACACACGAGACAGCAAAAUAUCUGAGCAAACCCCACCUGGAGGGUUCUGACCAGAACCGAACUGACCCAACUCUCACCCACCUCAAAGAGCAAUUCCAUGAGAGCGAGACGAGCUCCAGUGAGACAGCUGAAUACUUGUAGCAGCUGCUGGACCUCAAGGCCUCAUCUGUCUGAUUGCAGGAUUCCUUCCUCACCAAGCAACUGAGGGGACUUGGCAGGAGAGGACGCCACAUUCAGACACUCCUAAACUGGCUUUGGGUUCAGGCCCUCCCCUUCCCCACGUCCUUCCAUUAGUACUGAUCUCUCUGAAAGGAGUCAUAGGACUGCCAGAACCAGCAAUAAAUGUCUGGCAAAGCCCUGAGGUGCCCUCUUCUCCUAGCCUUACCUCUUGCUUAAAUGAGCACUACCCUAUGGAUGUGGGCUCACUUUGGAGUGGAGAGAGAUCAGCGGAAGCCUCCAAACUAUUCAGCUCAUUCCCCAAAGCCUCCAGAUCAAGGGGGCUGUCCCCAGGCGUGUACCCCUUGGCUACAUCAGAUGCACCUGAAGGAGAGAAGAGAGAGUGCUGGAUUUACUGGCUUAGGAGUGGGUGAUGCUGGUGCUGCUGGAGAGACGGCUCUGGAGAGUUUGAGCUCGUUCUUUCACCUCCAUCUGUUAGCAUACUUCUGCUUCCGUUGAGAGAAAACCUAGUUCUUCCUUGCUCUAGUUUUCUCUUGAGGGACAUGCCUACAUCACUUCCACGCCAACUAUCUGCAGAGAUCUGCACACAAACAGAGUGGGGGAGACAGAUAAACCACCAUAAAAAAUUAGCCAGCAGCUUCUGGGCAACCAGAGCUAUGAAACAGAAAACAAUUUCCCCCUACAACCCACUUCUGUCCACCCUUGGCACCCUCGCUUUGGCAAGGGUGGUAUUCCCCUCUCUAUUCCCAGCUUGGGCCCCACAGUGCAGUGCUAACCAGGUCAGUGGCCUUCUCGGGUUCCAUUCUGCAGGUCUCCCCCACCAAGAGUGGGUGAGAGAAGCCCAUUCUCCUAACCCGACCCCCAUCCCAGCUUUCCAUCCCAAAUUCCACUUCAUGCCAAAUGUGAUCUCUGUGGGACUCACCAAGGAGGGCUGUUGGACAGCCAUUGUUCCCCUCGGAUUGGCUGCGUGCACAGCAGUGUUGUGAAAGCCAGUGAGGACAUACUGACAUCUUUUGUGACUGAUACAUCUGUCAGGAAAGAGAGGAUAUGUUGGUAUUGGCCAAGGUCACCAAAGACAGUUUUAGACCUCUUCCUUCUCACUACUGGCACCAAAGGUAGUAAAUUCUUGCCAUACCACCCUUCAGGCCAGACUUGUCAAGUCCAAUGUGGAAAUGAUCUCAGCUCAAGCCUAUGCCAUCCUCCUUAGCACCCAGACACCCAUUUCUGACCCUUCUUCCUCUCCAGCAAAAGCCCUGCUGAAAGGCUCAGGUGUCCCCUCACUCUGUUCCCACAGCUGCCAUCUGAUAGAAGGACAAUGUGGGACAUGAGUGCUGCAGGCCUGGGCUGUGGCAGGUUGUGGUUUGUACAUGGGAGUCCCUGUGCACUCUGCUAGCUCUCACAGCAGGCUCCUUCUUGGCUUGUUAGUCUUCAGGCAUCCUGGACUCUGCACUGCCCCAGCCUCUCCUCUUCCCCUAGACUGGGAGUGGAGAGGGCUCCCUGGAGAGAAAGGAUGGCUUCUUGCUCAAGGACUAGGAGAAGUGAGGGAAGGGCUCUCACAUCCCUCUUUUCUUCCUUUUGAAAACUGCUUUUGCCCCCUGAAGCCAUUUAUGACAGAUUUGGACAGAGCUACAUGCAACCAUAUAUGCAUGGCCAGUGGGGUGAGGAGGAGGAAGGCCUUCAGCAUAGCUCUGCUCUUCUCGAGGUUCAGACAGGACUUGCUGGUCACCAGAUACCACUGCAUUCCCCAUCCUCUGCCUCCACCCCAGCAUGAAGAACCACUGUUGGGUCCAAGCACACCCUCCUCCACCCCAAUACUUCCACUGAGCAUGUCCCCUGCCUCCCACUGCCAGUGUUGUACAGAGACCAAGAGCAGAACUCGUUUGUACAUAAUGAACCUUGUUUUGUAUUAUUGCUGACCCUUUAAGAUAUUGUAUUUUGGAGACUCUCAGAUCCUAUUUUCAGUAUUGUAUUUUAUGAAGAGUUAGUGCGGGCUUGGCCUCUAUCAACUUCUUUCUUUUUAGCAGCUCACUUUCCCCUCAUACUCCAGCAGCUGCCUCUUUCCUCCCGUUUGGUUUUUGUUUGAUUUUUUUUUUUUGCUUGUUUGUUUGGUGCUUUUUUUUUCCUUAAGCAGCCUGUUUCUUUCCCCCUAUCACUCGCUCUGCAUUUGCUUAGUGAAGCAAAAUAAAAAUAAAAUAAAAAAGAUGCAGCAUCA